AUGGAAGAUGAGACGGAAUCUUCCGCUUCCGGAAUCGAAGAUAUAAUCCCUGGCGAAAACCAAAUGGUGGCCAAGAGAGUUACGUAUGAGCUCACUCAUGGAGGUGACAUUGUCGAUGAUGUGGCGGCAAUCCUUUAUGCGGAGGAAAAGGGAAUGCCGGAUGUAGCGGAGUUUAAGCACGAUUUCCUCUGUGCUUAUUGUGUCACAUUCGAGUCAGCCAUGGAAAUUGUGAAGAGUGGUCCGAUAGAACUUCUCACAACCUUCGAUAUCCUUGCUACAAUCACUGAGUAUCCGGCUUGGAAGAAGAUGGAGUCAGGGGAGGCCCAGAAGGAUAGGGCUGCUAUUGCAGAGAUGGCGAUGCAUGUUAUCCAGACGGCGCUGGUUAUGAAAGAUUCCUACCGCGCGGCAUUAUUUGGUCCAGAUGGGAUAUUGGAAAGUACAUAUCAUCGCAUGCAGGAUAUGUAUUUGAAUAUAAUCCUAGGGAUUCGGAAAUAUCCCCAAUCCUAA